CUUAAAAGUUGCUCUGGAAAAAAUGGAUUCCCUACACAUUAUGGACAUGCCCGACGAGUGCCUGCUGAGGGUGCUCCAGCAAUUGGAUGUGAUGAGUCAGUGUAACUUUGCGUUUACCUGUCAGCGCUUUAUGUGCAUCUACGAAAUGAUGCAUAGGCAACAUUUUCGCUGUUUCACCUGGUUCGAGCCGACCAACAAUUGGACCGCUCAGCAGAUCGAGGCAUUUUUCAGGCUGAAUGGCCACAAAAUGCGCAUGUUGUCCGUAUCGGAUUUGCAUGACAAAUAUUUUGAGCAGCCGCUGCUUAGCAAGGCCAAUCAUAUGAUAAACGUGUGUGUAUAUCUGAAGAACCUGCGCUCGCUGAUAUUAUGUAUUGAUCACAAGCUGCCCGAUAUAAUUAUUGAGGUUUGUAAGCAUUUGCAUAAGCUGGAGAAUCUGGUUAUUGACUGUGCCAGUCAUCCGAAUUAUGAAUUUUUGGUUUUGUUAAGGCGUCUCAAAAGUUUGGAUAUUGAUUAUUUUGUAAAUCCACGUGACAAGCUAUUCCAGAGAUUUGCCGAAUUGCGUCCGGAUGCUUUGGAGCAUUUACGCAUUGGUUCGGAAAUAACAAUGAAGCAGGGCAAGCACAUUGCUUAUCUGCGUGGUCUUACGCUCCUGAACAUAUACAAUCCUUGCUAUCAUUUCGUUAACGGCGUUGUCCUUCAAUUGGCCAACUUGCGAGUCCUUAGCAUAACAUCUGCUCAGCAAUUGCGGGACCAUGAUUUCCGGCAUUUGAUCAUGCAUCUUAAAUACCUGGCCACGCUAUAUGUCAUUCAAUGCACGGAUCUUGGUAACGAUUUUAUAUUCUUUAUCAUCCAGCACUUGAAGGGGCACGAAAUGCGUUCUUCCAAUUGUCGUCGCUUGCCAUUUCAUCUGGAGCUAUCCGGCACGUGUGUAUCAGAUGAUAUUAACGAGAUUGAGCCCGUUAACUCAUCACAUUCCGUACUUAAUGUUGUGUUGGUAGGUAAUUAACCUUAUUCAUAUUUAUCGUAAUUUGAAUCCUGAGCGCCUUAUCGAUAAGCGAUGAACUGUCGAAGCUGAACGAGGAAAUUUGAGCAGGGUGGCAGCUCUGUUAACCUAGAGUAGCCAAAGUUGCGGCAUUUUACAUAUUCUUGAAAACAUUUUAUAUAUUUUGUACGUUUGGUGAAUAAGCUGCCAUAAAUAAAAACAGCAAUUAUUGAUUAUUUUGAAGACAUUUGAAUUCUAAGCACAGAGAACAGCUGUUCAUGCAUUGUAAGCACACAAAUAUAUAAGUGCAAGUAUAGUGAGUCAGGAUAAAAACCUAUUGUUUCAAUCCAAAAAAAAAACUAUGAUUUGCAAUGUAUAAAAGAAAACGUAAAGAGAAAAGUAUAAAACUGGAAUCCGUAAGCUGGUGGUAAAGUCUACAUUUGAAUUAAAAGCGCUCUAUUGAAAAGCGACACAGACGAUGAGCAGGGAAAUUAAAGCGAUAUGGCAACGCUGCAAAGCUGCUUUACAGCUGAUCUGUUUUUACAAAAUGUCUGAGCGUGGCCCUAGUCAAGGCAUUUUAUACGUAUAACUAAUAUUUUAGAUAUAGUACAUUAUGCAAAUUGAAUCCAUUAUAAAUAUAAAAACAGUGGGUCAGGCUAAGCAACUUUUGCCUUGGUGUUUUGUUUAGCACAGAAUCCAUUGCAAAAGCAGCUGCUAAGGCGUAGCCGGCUAAAAAAUUACAACACCAAACAGAAAACGUGUUAUGCUGAUGCAUGCUCUAAUUAUGUUGUGAAGUGCGUUUGAAACACGAGUAGAGAGGAGCUUCUCGAAAGCCAAUCCCUUUCGACGACAAAGCGAGCGAUUGGGUUUUCUA